AUGCAGAUUAGUAAAAACAAAAAGGCCAUCCUCAUCAUGCAAGGCUGUAGCAAAAUAGCACAAAUAACCCAACAACCAUCCAAUACUAACUGCCCAACAGCAGUGCAGCAAAGAACACAGCAGAGCCAGAUCAUAAGAGCUCAAAGCCAUAAAGCUACAAUUUCUUCAUGGCUUCCUAGCUUGAAACUUG